AGCUUUCUUCUCUGCUUUCCUUCUCAACGGCAACGCGUCGUGGUUGCCCUUCUCUCCCAUAACGUUUGUAAGCAGUAGUGGACAGCUGUUGCCCAUCUCGUCAAAACCGACUCAUUCGGUGCCCGAUACUGAUUGUUGGCCACGCGAAGCGCCGCCACCAUUUUUCUUCUUCUUCUUCUCUUUGCAGCGCAGCCUGUUGAUCGCUUUUGCCUUUCCUUCCUUUCUCAUAUUUUGUUGUUUUUUCUAAGCUGCGUCUUCUUCCACGUCGAGGUCGUUUUCAGUGACGUGGUGUUGUUGGUUUCCCUGAACGUACUCGUGCAAACAAAGUACUCCUUCUAUCACGAUCCGUGAAACAAGGAAUUCCACCUCUGAUUGCAAAUAGAACAUGCUCCGCCGUUGCACCGCUCUGCUGUGCAGCUCCGCUGUGCCAAAGCGCGUGUCCCCCGUUGCGGCGGCGGCCGCCACCAAUUCCACCCGAAACCUCAUGGCAGACGUGGACAAGAGCGAUCCAAAGUACAAGCAAAUUUUCCUUGAGCGCUUCCGCAACAAGCUGCAAUCGGACAGUACCGGCAUGAAUGACUUAGACAGCUUCGUGGAUCUGCCCGAGGGCGUGGCUCCGUCGGCGGCUUCCGUCGGCCCUAUUAAGCGCGGAGAGGCGCCGCUGCCACCGUGGCUGAAGCUGAAAGUGCCGAAGGGCAUGACCCACCGCCCGCGGUUUAACCGCAUUCGUCGCAGCAUGCGCGAGAAGAAGCUGUCCACCGUGUGCGAGGAGGCGAAGUGCCCGAACAUUGGCGAGUGCUGGGGCGGCGACGAGGACGAGGGCACCGCGACGGCCACCAUCAUGGUGAUGGGUUCGCAUUGCACGCGUGGGUGCCGCUUCUGCUCCGUGCUGACGAGCCGUCGCCCGCCUCCGCUGGACCCAGAGGAACCGGAGAAGGUCGCGGCGGCGGUGCGAGAGAUGGGCGUCGACUACAUCGUCAUGACGAUGGUGGACCGCGACGACUUGCCGGACGGCGGUGCCUCGCACGUCGAUCGCUGCGUGCGCACCAUCAAAGAGAAGAACCCGUCGUUGAUGCUGGAGGCCCUCGUCGGCGACUUCCACGGUGAUAUGAGCUUGGUGGAGCGCGUGGCGCUGUCUCCGCUGAGCGUCUACGCGCACAACAUUGAGUGUGUCGAGCGCAUCACCACCCGCGUGCGGGACCGGCGUGCCUCGUACAAACAAUCCCUGCAGACACUGGAGCACGUGACCAAGUUCACGAAGGGUCAGGUGCUAACCAAGAGUAGCAUCAUGCUGGGCCUCGGGGAGGAGGAAGAGGAGGUGCGACAGACGCUGCGAGACCUGCGCACGGCCGGCGUGUCAGCCGUGACGCUGGGGCAGUACCUGCAGCCCUCUCGCACUCGCCUGAAGGUAGCCCGCUACGCCCAUCCAAAGGAGUUUGAGAUGUGGGAGAAGGAGGCGUUAGAGAUGGGCUUCUUGUACUGCGCUUCUGGUCCGAUGGUGCGCAGCUCCUACCGCGCGGGGGAGUACUACAUCAAGAACAUCUUGAAGCAGCGUGACAACGCGGAGACGGCGAAGAUGGCUGCUCCCAACCCCACAAACACUUCUGCUGCUGCUACUGCGUAA